ACUGCACGGUUUCGAAUCGCUUAACAAGUUUUUGUUCAAAAAGCUUUCCCGAGCACUAAGUAACCACCGCCUUUCGCACCCACAACACAACACCACCAGCCAGAACAAUGAUCAAGAACGCCGUUUCCCUGGUGACCGGAGGAGCCUCUGGACUGGGCCGCGCCACCGCCGAGCGCCUGGCCAAGCAGGGCGCCAGCGUGAUCCUGACCGAUCUGCCCUCCUCCAAGGGCAACGAGGUGGCCAAGGAGCUGGGCGACAAGGUGGUCUUCGUGCCCGUGGACGUGACCUCCGAGAAGGAUGUGAGCGCCGCUCUGCAGACGGCCAAGGAUAAGUUCGGUCGUCUGGAUCUGACUGUGAACUGUGCAGGCACAGCCACCGCGGUGAAGACGUUCAACUUCAACAAGAACGUGGCGCACCGUCUUGAGGACUUCCAGCGGGUGAUCAACAUCAAUACGGUUGGCACGUUCAAUGUGAUCCGUCUGUCCGCCGGACUGAUGGGCGCCAAUGAGCCCAACCAGGAUGGACAGCGCGGCGUGAUUGUGAACACCGCCUCGGUGGCUGCCUUCGAUGGCCAGAUCGGCCAGGCGGCCUACUCUGCCUCCAAGGCAGCCGUGGUGGGCAUGACCCUGCCAAUUGCCCGUGACCUGAGCACCCAGGGCAUCCGUAUCUGCACCAUUGCACCGGGUUUGUUCAACACACCCAUGCUGGCCGCCCUGCCAGAGAAGGUGCGCACCUUCCUGGCCAAGUCCAUACCGUUCCCGCAGCGCCUGGGCGAGCCCAGUGAGUACGCCCACCUGGUGCAGGCCAUCUACGAGAAUCCGCUGCUCAACGGCGAGGUUAUCCGCAUCGAUGGUGCCCUGCGCAUGAUGCCCUAGAUCCGGUCUGCGCGCGGUCUUGGACCUCUGGAAGUGGCUCGAUCAGUUUGCAUUUAUCUAUUGUCUAGUGGUCAAGCUAAAAAGUUUUAUUAUCUGUCCCGAAAUUAUGUAAUAGUUGCUAUUAAACACACAAUGUCACAUUUCAAA